AUGGAGGUUCCGCUUUACGAGACGCGACGCCACGCUUCCAAUUACCCUCCUCAACUCCAACUUCAACAAAAUCAACAACACCAGGCAAAUGAAGAUUCCAAGGGAACGUUGCUUUCUCUCCUUUCAGUUCGAGGUGUGACUCAACUCAAAGAGAAAUGGACCGAGUAUAAUGAACCAAAGAGACUUAGGAAAUUAGUGUCGCUGUUUGUUUCACCUACGGCCAAGUACGUUGCUGUUGUUGCUGGAAAUCGAAUUACGAUUCUGAGUAAAGAGGAUGAUUAUCAGCAAUCCUAUGCAAUUUUUACCGGUUCUGAUUUUGGUACAUUUAGUGUGGGAGCUUGGUCUGAAGAUGAUGAAAUUCUUGGUGUUGCUGAUGACUAUGAUACUCUGUAUUUUAUCAAAUUUAAUGGUGAAGUUGUGGCAGAAAUUACAAAGAAGCAUUUGAAAAUCUCUUCACCUAUUGUUGGUUUAUUUUCUGACAAUGACUCUGAUAUGCAUGAGUCUUACUUGUUCACUGCCAUUACGUCAGAUGGUUCACUUCAACAAAUUGAGAUCAGUUAUGGACAAGGCAUUUCUACCUUUCCUAAGUACGCCUUUUAUCACAGGAGUCAUCUCCGUAACAACGUUUUUUGCUUUGACCACCACCAUGAACUUAACCUUUUUGUGGCUGUUCACACGCUGUCUGGAUCUUGCCAUCUUUCUCUUUGGCAUAAAAAUUCAAGCAAAGAACUGGAACAGGUAUUUUCUUUACAGUUUGAGGGAUUAUAUUCGAAACCAAAAGGUUAUAGAGGUCAGCUAAUAUAUCCAAAGUUGCUAAUCUCGCCACAAGCUACAUUCAUUGCUACUCUGGAUUUGACAGGAUGCUUGCAUAUUUUUAAGCUGGACAAAGAAGGCUUGACACUCUCCCGGUUUGUCUUGGGAGAGAAGGAUGAUUCAUUUGUAUCUGGUAAUUCAUCGAAUGGGGGUAAUAGAUCUUUUUUGGAUUUUACUUGGUGGUGUGACCAUGUCAUUGCCACUGUAGAUAGGAAUGGUGUGGUUAUGUUGAUAGACAUUCUAAAUGGUUUAAAGGUCCAGGAAGAGAAUCCUGCAUAUUUUUUACCUGCUCUGGGAAGAGCGCAGAAACGUAGGGGCUAUCUUUUUCUUUUAGCAAGUUUAUCAUCCAAAGAAAGAUCCAGUUCUUCUGAUUUUGGAUUUCCAGAGGAGUUGCACCAGACAGAGUGGGUUGUUGAAGAUAGGCUUAAACAGUUUCACCUUUCUAGGUUGCUCUGGUUCCUUGUUUCAUUUUCUGAGAAAUCUGUCCCUGAAAUGUAUGGUUUACUGAUUAGGAAGAGAAGUUAUCAAGCUGCUCUGGACUUUGCUGACAGUCAUGGAUUGGAUAAGGAUGAAGUUCUGAAGUCACAGUGGUUGAAUUCUAGCCAAGGAGUAAAUGAAGUUAGUAUAUUUUUGGCAAAUAUAAACGAUAAAAAAUUUGUACUUUCUGAAUGUGUUCAUAGAGUUGGACCAACAGAAGAUGCUGUGAAGGCUUUGUUGGCUUAUGGUCUACGCAUCACUGACCAUCAUAGAUUCUCAGAAGUAGAUGAUGAUGAUUCUAGUCAUGUAUGGGAUGUUCGCUUGGCUAGACUUCAAAUCUUGCAAUUUAGGGACAGACUGGAAACAUUUCUUGGAAUAAACAUGGGCAGAUUUUCUGUGCAGGAAUACAACAAAUUCCGUAUUAUGCCUAUUAAUGAAGCUGCUGUAGCACUUGCAGAAAGUGGAAAAAUUGGUGCGUUGAACUUGCUUUUCAAGCGUCAUCCUUAUUCUUUGUCUCCCUUUGUGUUGGAUGUUUUAGCCUCCAUCCCAGAAACAGUUCCUGUCCAAAUUUAUGGGCAGCUUCUUCCUGGGAGGUCUUUUCCUUCUGGUGUUGCUGUCAGGCAAGAUGAUUGGGUUGAAUGCAAGAAAAUGGUGGACUUCAUUAAUGCACCAGUUAAAAACCACGACAUUCAAAUCCAAGUCAAAACUGAGCCUCUUGUUAAGCAUUUUGUUGGGCUUCUUUGGCCGUCAAUUGAUGAGCUCACAAAAUGGUAUAUGGAUAGAGCUAGAUCUAUGGAUGAUUUUAGUGGGCAGCUGGAUAAUUGCCUGAGCCUACUUGAGUUUGCUCUUCGCAAAGGCAUAUCUGAGUUGCAGCAGUUCCAUCAGGAUGUCCUAUACUUGCAUCAAGUUAUAUACUCUGAUGACAAUGAUAGCGAAACAGGCUUACAUAUGAGUCUCGUCAUGUGGGAAGAAUUGCCAAACUAUGAAAGAUUUAAAUUUAUGCUUAAGGGAGUCAAAGAGGAAAGUGUAACUGAAAGAUUACACAACAGAGCUAUUCCAUUUAUGCGUGAAAAGUUUCACAGGGUGUCCUUAUUUGGAGAUGGCACCCAUUGUACAAAUCAAAGUAUAGAGGAAUCAUUUCUAGUGAGAUGGUUGAAGGAAAUUGCUUUGCACAAUAAAUUGGACAUGUGCUUGGUGGUAAUUGAGGAAGGGUGCAGAAACUUCCAAAGCAAUGUCUAUUUUGAAACUGAAGCUGAAGCUGUUGAUUGUGCUUUGCAAUGCAUAUAUUUGUGCACAGUUACAGAUAGGUGGAGCAUCAUGGCAGCCAUACUAUCUAAGCUUCCUCAAAUGCAUGAUGGUGCAAUUCAAGUUGAGAGUCUUGAGAGAAGACUUAGAGUUGCUGAAAGUCAUAUUGAAGCAGGGAGACUUUUGGCAUUUUACCAGGUUCCGAAGCCAUUAAACUUUUUCCUAGGGGCUCAAUCAGAUGAAAAGGGUGUGAAACAGAUUAUUCGCCUUAUUCUUUCUAAAUUUAUUCGCCGUCAGCCUGGCCGAUCAGAUAGUGAAUGGGCCAGCAUGUGGCGUGAUAUGCAGUACUUGAGGGAAAAGGCAUUUCCUUUUCUGGACCUAGAAUAUAUUUUGAUUGAGUUUUGCAGAGGACUGCUUAAAGCUGGGAAGUUUUCUCUUGCACGUAAUUAUUUGAAGGGUACAAGUUCUGUUUCUUUGGCAUCAGAGAAGGCAGAAAACCUUGUCAUUCAAGCAGCUAGGGAGUACUUUUUCUCAGCUUCAAGUAUUUCUUGUUCUGAAGUCUGGAAAGCUAAAGAAUGUCUUAAUCUAUAUCCAAGUAGUGGAAAUGUGAAGGCUGAGGCGGAUAUUAUUGAGGCACUUACAGUUAAGCUUCCAAACCUUGGGGUGAAUAUUCUGCCCAUGCAAUUCAGGCAAAUAAAAGAUCCUAUGGAAAUUGUAAAAAUGGCAAUCACAAAUCAAACCGGAGCAUAUUUUCAUGUUGAGGAGCUUGUUGAGGUUGCCAGACUUCUUGGCUUGAGGUCUGCUGAUGAUGUAUCAGCUGUUGAAGAAGCUAUUGCUAGAGAAGCUGCAGUUUCUGGUGAUUUACAAUUGGCAUCUGAUCUUUGUCUUGUUUUGGCCAGAAAAGGACAUGGCAACAUAUGGGAUUUAUGUGCUGCAAUUGCAAGAGGUCCUGCCCUUGAAAAUAUGGAAGUAGAUUCUCGAAAGCAGCUAUUAGGGUUCGCGUUGAGCCACUGUGAUGAGGAGUCCAUCGGUGAGCUUCUCCAUGCAUGGAAAGACCUGGAUAUGCAAGGCCAGUGUGAAACAUUAAUCAUGUCAACUGGGACAAAUCCUUCAAAUUUUUCAGUGCAAGGCUCAACUGUUGAGUCAAUUCAAAAACAAAGUUUUCAAAAUAUACUAGAUAGAAAUCCGCGUUUUCAAGAGUUCGAUGGUUAUAGCAGUGACAAUCAGGAUGUUCAUCUAGAGAAAAUUAGAGAAAAGCUUUCCAUUGUUGCUAAAACCUUGGCUGUGGGCAAUCAAACUGAUUGGGCGUCAGGCUUGACUGAAAAUGGGAAAGUUCUGUCUUUUGCUGCCUUACAGCUCCCUUGGUUGAUUGAAUUGAGUAGGAACGGAUAUCCUAGUGAAAAAUUGAGUACUAGAAAGCAGUAUUUAAACAUCAAAGCACAGGCUGUGGUGACUAUUCUGUCCUGGUUGGCUAGAAAUGGUUUUGCCCCCAGAGACAACCUGAUCGCCUCUUUAGCAAGAUCUGUUAUGGAACCUCCAGUCACUGAAGAGGAAGAUAUAAUCGGGUGCUCCUAUCUUAUCAAUCUCUCGGAUGCUUUUAAUGGGGUAGAAGUUAUAGAAGAACAGCUCAAAAUAAGAAAAGACUACCAAGAAAUUUGUAGCAUUAUGAAUGUUGGGAUGGCAUACAGCUUGCUACACAACUCAGGAGUAGGUAGUGACCAUAUUCAACGAAAGCAGCUAUUGAAGAGGAGGUUCAAGGAAAAACAUACAACACCCAGUUCUGAUGAUAUAGAUAAACUUGGCAAGGUACAGUCUUCUUUCUGGAGAGAGUGGAAACUGAAGUUAGAAGAGCAAAAGAGAUUUGCUGAGCAUUCUAGAGCUCUACAGAAAAUAAUUCCUGGGGUUGAAACAGAGCGCUUUUUGUCCAGGGACUCCAUCUACAUUGAGAAUGUUGUUAUCUCUCUCAUUGAGUCUGUAAAGUUAGAAAAAAGGCACAUUUUGAAGGAUAUUUUAAGAUUGGCUGAUACAUAUGACUUGAACAGUACUGAGGUGCUAUUGCAUUUUCUAAGUGCUGUCCUUGUUUCUGAUGUUUGGACAAAUGAUGAAAUUACAUCCGAAGUUGCAGGUUAUAAAGGAGAAAUAAUUGGUAAUGGUGUGAAAACCAUUGAAACCAUCUCAACAAAGGUUUAUCCUGCAGUCAAUGGGUGCAGCAAACUUCGCCUUGCUUAUGUAUUUGGUCUGUUGUCAGAGUGUUAUUUACAGCUGGAAAAUAGCAAAGAUUUAUCACCAAUAGCACAACCUGAUCACACAAAUGGCAAUAUAAGGUUUGCUCAUUAUUACAAAGUCGUUGGGCAAGAAUGUAAAAAUGUUUCCUUUAUCAAUAACCUGAACUUCAAAAAUAUAGCUGGGUUGCGUGGUUUGAACUUUGAGUGCUUUAGUGAUGAAGUUUAUGCAUGCAUUGAGGAAAGUAGCUUGUCUGCAUUGUCAAAAAUGAUACAAGCUUUUGUCGAUAUUUAUGGUCAUUCAUUGCCUAAGGGUUUUAUGUCAUGGCAGGAUGUCUACAAGUAUUACAUCCUGAGUUCGCUGAGUGCUUUGGAGGCUAAAGCAACAACUGACUUUAGUAGUAGAACUCCUGAAUACCUUCAAAGCUUUUUAAGUAAGCUUGAGCAGAGCUAUGAUUCUUGCCGAAAGUAUAUUAGACUUUUGAGCCAGUUUGAUGCUUUGACAAUCAUGAAGCAGUACCUCACUGUAAUUGUGCCUCUCCAUAGUUCAUAUGGAUUCAUACCUGACAAUUCAACUUGGCAAGAGUGCCUCAUUGUUCUUUUGAACUUUUGGAUGGGAUUGACAGAUGAUAUGAGGGAAUUUUCAUUGGAGGAAAAUUCAGGAGAGACUAAUAGCUUCAACCCGCAAUGUUUGACGAGUUGUCUAAAAGUAUUUAUGAAAUUGGUGAUGGAGGAUAUCAUCUCCCCUAGUCAGGGCUGGAGCAGCAUAUAUACCUACAUCAACUGCGGCUUAAAUGGUGAUUGCUCUGUAGAAAUUUAUAAUUUCUCCAAAGCUAUGGUUUUUUCUGGUUGUGGGUUUGGUGCCAUUUCAGAGGUAUUUUCUGUUGCUUCAUCGGAAACUGGUUCAUCUUCUGAUUGUGGCACAGGUUCCCAGGAUCUUGCUCAAUUUUAUUUAGAUAUUCUUGAAGCUGUUCUGCAAGAGUUGGUCAAUGGUUCCCAUGAGAGCCAGAACCUGUAUCAUAUAUUGUCAUCUUUAAGCAAGCUAGAAGGUGACUUAAAAGUCUUGCAAUGUGUUAGACAUGUAAUUUGGGGGGAAAUGGUCCAGUUCUCUGACAAUUUACAGUUGCCAAGUUCUAUUAGAGUUUAUGUGCUAGAGCUUAUGCAAUUUAUCUCAGGAAAGAAUAUUAAGGGUUUCUCUACAGAAAUACUAGCCAAUGUCCAACCAUGGGAAGAAUGGGAUGAACUGCUUUAUGCUAGUAGAAAGAGUGAGGCUGGUGUUGACAAGCAGUCACCAGAUCACAAAGAAACCUCUAGUAGGUUUACAAAUACUUUGGUUGCCCUUAAAUCAUCUCAACUUGUGGCAUCGAUCUCUCCUAGCAUAGAAAUCACCCCUGAUGAUCUAUUGAAUGUAGACGCGGCUGUUUCUUGCUUUUUGAGGUUGUGUGGAGAAGCUACUGAAAAUCUCCACUUUGACGCAUUGGUUUCUAUUUUGGAAGAGUGGGAGGGACUUUUCACCAUCGGGAAAGACGGAGAAAUCACCACUGAAGCAUCUGAUGGAGGAAAUGACUGGAACAAUGAUGAUUGGGACGAAGGGUGGGAAAGUCUGGAAGAAGUAGACAAGCCUGAGAAAGAAAAGAUUGAGAACUCUGUUUCUGUUCACCCUUUACAUGUAUGUUGGACAGUGAUUUUGAAAAAAUUCAUAGGCUUGUCGAGGUCUAGUGAUGUGCUGAGAAUGAUUGAUCAAUCGUCAUCGAAAACUAAUGGUAUGUUACUUGAUGAAGAUGAUGCCAGGAGCUUAAAUGAGAUAGCAUUAAACACAGAUUGCUUUCUGGCUUUGAAGAUAGCACUCAUGCUACCCUACAAAACAUUACAGUUGCAGUGCCUGAGCGCAGUUGAGGAUAGUAUAAAACAGGGUAUCCCGCAUACGAGGAGCAAUGAUUGUGAGUUAUUAAUUCUAAUUUUAUCUUCUGGGAUUCUCACUUCUAUUGCGACUGGUUCUACAUAUGGUACUACUUUCUCUUAUCUCUGCUAUAUGGUUGGAAACUUAUCCUAUCAAGUUCAACAAGCUCUGAUAUCAAGUAGAGGGAUUACCAUUGAUGAAGAUCAUGAGAAUCAGUUUUUCCGAAGAAUCCUUUUCCCUGAUUUCAUUUCCGAACUUGUGAAGGCUGAUCAACAUGUUCUAGCUGGAUUUAUUGUCACAAAAUUUAUGCACACUAGUGAGUCGCUCAGUCUCAUUAACAUCGCUAAUGCUAGUCUUAAUAGGUAUCUGGAAAGGCAGCUCCACAUGCUGCAGACCAAUGAGUUCCACGUUGAGAUGGAAUGUAAAACAUUGAGGAAUACUGUUAGCAGGUUGAGAGGCAGACUGAGUAAUUUGAUUCAGUCCACAUUGCCAUUGCUUUCGGCCAAUGUAAGUUAA